CUUUUAUAGACAUACUGUCAACUUCCGGUUGGGUUUGUGCGACUGACUUGAUACAAACAUAUUUGGUUUUACUGCCCUGAGGGUCCGAAUAUUUGUUAUUUGUAUCAGUUUUUCCUGUAUGCUUACGUUUAUUCCGCACAGUUAGAAAAUGUCUAAGUCCCUGAAGAAGAUAGUGGAGGAGAGUCGGGAAAAGAAUUUGCCAGAGGUGGACAUGUGUGACAGAGGAAUAUCAAACCUACUGGAUAUUCCUGGGCUGUUCACCUUGUCCAAUAUAACCCAAUUGGUGCUAAGUCACAACAAGCUGAAUGCUGUGCCUCCAAACAUUGCAGACCUGAAGAACUUGGAGGUAUUGAACAUGUUCAAUAACCAAAUUGAGGAGCUUCCAACCCAGAUCAGUAGCAUUCAGAAAUUGAAACACCUGAACCUUGGGAUGAACCGGUUGAGUACUCUUCCAAGAGGGUUUGGAUCUCUUCCUGCAUUAGAAGUUCUGGAUCUCACAUACAACAACCUGAAUGAGUCCUCGCUGCCCGGGAAUUUCUUUUACCUUACCACCCUGCGUGCGCUCUAUCUCAGUGACAACGAUUUUGAGAUUUUGCCCCCAGACAUCAGCAAACUGGCCAAGCUACAGAUAUUGAGUCUGAGGGACAAUGACCUCAUCUCUCUGCCCAAGGAGAUUGGAGAUCUGGCUCAGCUAAAGGAACUUCACAUUCAGGGGAACAGACUCACAGUACUGCCUCCUGAACUUGGUAACCUGGACCUGACAGGCCCAAAGCAGGUGUUUAAGGCUGAGAAUAACCCCUGGGUGACUCCUAUAGCAGACCAGUUCCAGCUGGGCGUCUCUCAUGUGUUUGAGUACAUCCGCUCGGAGACCUACAAGUAUCUUUAUGGGAGACACAUGCAGGCCAACCCUGAGGCGCCCAAAAAGAACAUGGACAAAUCCAAGAAGAUCAGCCGUAAGCCCCUGGCGGCCAAGAACAAGUGAAGAGGGCGAAGAAGAUCCAACAAUCUCUGUGCUGAACCUCACUGCACGUGCCUUCCCAAUUUAUAUUUAUUCAGAAAAUAUGUUUUAUAUUGCUUCAGUAUUAUGUUAACCACUAACCUCUGGAUGGGUCUACCAUAGAUAUGCCCCAGAAACUGAAUGUCUUUGUGUCAAGUUGUCCUUUUUGUUUUCUCGCAACAAUCUGCCUAUUUACACCAUUUAAGGCUACAGUUGAAGUCAGAAGUUUACAUACACCUUCACAAUUUAACAAUUCCUGCCAUUUAAUUUUAGAAAACAUUCCCAGUCUUAGGUCAGUUAGAAUCACUACUUUAUUUUAAGAAUGUGAAAUGUCAGAAUAAUAUUAGAGAGAAUAAUUAUUUUUUUUCAGCUUUUAUUUCUUUCAUUUAGUUCCCAUUGGGUCAGACGUUUACAUACACUUUGUAAAUAUUUGGUAGCAUUGCCUAUAACUUGUUUAACUUGGGUCAAACAUUUUGGGGAACCUUUCACAAGCUUCUCACAAUAAGUUGCUGGAAUUUUGGCCCAUUAAUCCAGACAGAACUGGUGUAACUGAGUCAGGUUUGUAGGCCUCCUUGCUCGCACAUGCUUUUUCAGUUCUGCCCACAUAUUUUCUAUCGGAUUGAUGUCAGGGCAUUGUGAUGGCCACUCUAGUACUUUUACUUUGUUGUCAUUAAGCCAUUUUGCCACAACUUUGGGGGUAUGCUUGGGGUCAUUGUCCAUUUGGAAGACCCAUUUGUGACCGAGCUUUAACUUCCCGACUGAUGUCUUGAGAUGUUGCUUCAAUAUAACCACAUAAUUUUCCUUCCUCAUGAUGCCAUCUAUUUUGUGAAGUGUCCCACCUGCUGCAAAGCACCCCCACGACAUGAUGCUGCCACCCCCAUGCUCACGGUUGGGAUGGUGUUCUUUGGCUUGCAAGCCUCACCCUUUUUCCUCCAAAUAUAACAGUGGUCAUUAUGGCCAAACAGUUACAUAAUUUUUUCUUUCAUUACCAGAGGACAUUUCUCCAAAAAGUAAGAUCUUUGUCCCCAUGUGCACUUGCAAACUAUAGUCUUGCUUUUUUAUGGUGGUUUUGGAGCAGUGACUUCUUCCUUGCAGAGCAGCCAAACAGGUUAUCUCUAUAUUGGAAUUGUUUUACUGUGGAUAUAGAUACUUGUCUACCUGUUUCCUCCAGCAUCUUCACAAGGUCCUUUGCUGUUGUUCUUGGAUUGAUUUGCACUUUUCGCACCAAACUACAUUCAUCUCUGGGAGACAGAAUGUGUCUCCUUUCUGAGCUGUAUGAAGGCUGUGUGGUCCCAUUGUGUUUGUACUAGCGUACUAUUGUUUGUACAGAUGAAUGUGGUAACUUCAGGCAUUUGGGAAUUGCUCCCAAGGAUGAAACAGACUUGUGGAGGUCCACAAUAUUUUUUCUGAGGUCUUGGCUGAUUUCUUUUGAUUUUCCCAUGAUGUCAAGCAGAGGGGCACUGAGUUUGAAAAUAUAUCCAGAGAUAAACCUCCAAUUCAGUACAUGUCCUAUCAGAAGCUAAUUGCCUAAAGGCUUGACAUAAUGUUUUGGAUUUUUCCAAGCUGCUUAUAGGCACAGUUAACUUAGUGUAUGUAAACUUGUGGCCCACUCGAAUUGUGACAUAGUCAUUUAAAAAUGAAACAAUCUGUCUGUAAACAAUUGUUGGAAAAAAUUCUAGUGUCAUGCACAAAGUACAUGUCCAAAACGAUUUGCCAAAACUAGUUUGCUAAUAUGAAAUCUGUGGAGUGGUUAAAAAAUGUAUAAAAGUUUUAAUGACUUAAACCUAAGUAUAUGUAAACUUUUGACUUCAACUGUAUGUGCCAUAUUUGUACAGUCAGAGUUAAAGGAAUAGUUUACCUAAAAAUGAAAACAUAAUUUACUCCCCCUCAUGUUGUUUUGAAGCCUUAUGCGGUUACACAAAUGGAGACAUUUUUAAGGAAAUUACUUGUGUGUUUUUUUUUACAUGCAAUUAUACAGAAUGGGAACUGGAGCUUUCAGAAUGAUGCGAAGCACCACAAAAUUAUUUUAAAAGUGAUUCAUAUAGCUUUUUGUAAGGAACAGGCUGACAUUUAAAUUGUACAAUUUGCAAACAAAUAGUUCACGGAAUGAUUCGUUCACAAAUCCAACAGAUCCAGUUUUGAGUUAAAAAAAUUAAGUGACUGGUUCAAAGUUUUCUGGAGGGUGGAGAAUUUUCCAAAAACCCAUAAAUGUUGGUCUAGUACUCACACAAAGCUACUGUUUUUAAAGCUCUAGUCACCAUUUAGUACAUUAAUUUCUUAAAAUGUCUCUUUUUUUCUUUUUUUUUUUUUUUGUACAGAAAAAAUAAGUCAUAUGGGAUGUGAAUUUUCAUUUUUGUGUGAACCAUCCAUUUAAUGGCACUCUCUUGUCAGCUAUAUCGCAUUGGACGUAAAUCAGGUUUUUUUUUUUUUGCCUAGAUCUCUUGAGAGGCAGAGGAAGUGUUGUCCUAUCCAGCCAACCACAUGUAGAGAGCAGCAAUUCUUAGUCAAUUCUGGGGGCUAGUGACAAGGUUUGUGUAUCCAUACAGGGAUUUAGCAAGAGUUCUGGGGUCUUAGUCGAGUCGGAGCAGGAUUGUGUCAGGUCUCUGGGGGGACGCCACUGACUGCGUCCUCUGCCUCUUAAUGACAGAUGUGAAUGGCUGCAAACGAAAGCUUCAGAUGGUACACACAGCAGAAUCCAGACAGAAUCAUCCCACUGGCCAUUUAAGAGGGUCAACAAGAUAUCACAUCAACACAACAGCCAUUGUUUCUCUUUGUUAUUAUUUUCAACGUAACAUGACAGUGCAACUUUUACAGAACAGGACAGUGUUUUAAAAAGCACCGGAUUGUGGUUGAAAUAAUUUAGCAAUAACAGUGACUCCCACUACGCCUUUAGGUUACGUACACUAACAUCAUCCAAUUCUGCAAAGCUUGGAUGAAUUCUAAGUUUUAAUUUUUCAGAUCUAUUGUAUAUUGUAAAAGUUCACAAUGUUUUAUUGCAAUCUCAUUAUAAAGCUGUAAUAUUUGUAAAUGUUUUAUUAGGGGCACAUGAAGCCAUGUGCAAUGUUCUGAAUAUUUUACAUUAAAAUAAAGUCACCAUUUUGUUUGACGAUUCAGCAUUUCUUAUUUCAGCAUAAAUUGUUAAUCGGUAGAAGCAUAUGACCUGUAGAGUUAUAGUGUUCUGAAAAGCACAUCACGAGAAUUUGUAAAAGAAUGGAUUUGCGAAACAUGCAGACACAUUUCUACUGCUUGUGUUUCAUUAAUUAUGUCUUAUGUAUUUUUUUGUAUUGUUUUUUUAUUGCCACAUCAAUACGACAGUUUACUUAAAAAUUAUUUUACGAACUAUUUACACAUUUGUUCUGCUCGUGUUUUACGAAUAAGGUGACAGUGACAGUUUAUGAAAAUGAUUCAUGAACCAUCAUCAUAAUAGGUAGGUCUAAUUUUUUUUAUAAAUUAUUUUAUUGACGUGUCAAUGCAGUUUACGGAAAAAGAUUUUACGAACGAUUUACACAGAAAUUGUGCUC